AUGCACCAACGACCUGAAACCAUUCAUCCGGAAAGGAAAGCAUCAUCAAUAAACAGGCAUCUGAAUAACGGCUGGCGACAAAAGUCAUUACGACAAACACAUUCUCGUGGUUUACCAUUGUUGGUUAAAGAAACUGUAAACAUGGUUGCUAAGACUUUACAAUUAACUAAUUCGAUGGCUGUUGUAAAUGAACACACCAUCGAGCGAAACCAUGAACAAGAAGACAACGAUGAUAGCGAUAAUGAUAGAUUAGAUAUUGGACAAAACGUACAAGCACAUAUUCCAGAUAUUGUUCUAAAUAAUUUAAGUGACUUAAUUGAUCGGAAAGGUCUUAUAUCUAUACCCAAUGAACAUAAAUAUGAUCAUUCCACAUUAUUAUUUCUUGAUGUAUCCGGUUUUACAUCUUUAACAGAACAAUAUUCAAACGCUACAAAUUUAGGAAUCGAUCAAUUGACGCGAACAUUAAAUUCUUACUUUGAAAAAGUUGUUUUUGAAAUCUUAACACAUGGAGGUGAUAUAUAUAAAUUUGCUGGUGAUGCUAUACUCGCAUUGUGGACAAAAGAAACGAUGGGCCCACAACAAGCAUUAACAUGUGCAUUACAAUUGCAACAAGAGUGUGGUGCUUAUGAAACAGAUGUUGGUGUUAUACUACGUCUUAAAGUAGCACUUGCCUAUGGACCUGUUUGUGCUGUAUUCGUUGGCAUAGAUGAGUUUAAACAUUAUCUAUUAACGGGCAAUUGUGUUAAAGAUGUUAAUAUGUGUGAACAAUUAUGUGAACCUGGUGAUAUUAUAUUAACAAAAGCUGUUUACGAACGAUUACAGUCAAUACCGUUCGAUUGUAAAUUUGUACCUGUUAGUGAAGAUAUCGAUCCUAAACAUGAACACAUCGCUGUAAAAUAUUCACAAGCAAAACCUUCAUCAGAUUCUGAUUCUGAUUCCAACGAACAUAUGAAAAAUUCAACCGUGAUGCAUGACAAGCGAGAUACGUUGAACCAAGACAUCGUCCUUGAUAAUAAUUACAAUGAUUUAUCUGACCAUAAUUUGUCUAAUGAUGAACUUAAUCUUAAAAUUAAUGUAUUAAUAAAAUCAUUUUUGCUACAUUGUGUUCGUCAACGUAUUGAACGUAAACAAUCAUUGGAUUACUUAUCUGAAUUACGUCGUGUAACAAUAUCAUUCAUUAAUCUUGAUAUAACAAAUGAACAUACAAUAAAUGAUAAUUUACAUGAAAAUAUAAAUAAAAUAUUUGUUCAAAUCUAUGAAUCAACUAAAAUGAUGGGUGGAGUUCUAACGAAAGCAUUAUUGUUUGAUAAAGGUUUUUCAUUUCUAUGUGUUUUUGGUUUACCUGGCUAUAAACAAGGCGAUGAUACAGCGAAUGCACUUAAAUGUGCUCAAAUGAUUCAUUCAACGAUUCGAGAGCAAUGCCAAUUCGUUGAUAAAUGUUCAAUUGGUGUGACAACUGGUCUUACGUAUUGUGGUGUCGUCGGACAUGAAGCACGUUGUGAAUACACAGUGAUCGGUCGAAAAGUGAAUAUGGCGGCACGUUUAAUGUGUAAUUAUCCAAAUUUAAUCUCGUGUGAUCAAGAAACAUACUAUAAUUCACGUUUAAUUAGUCGACUAUUUCAAAAAUUACCUGCUAAAACUUUAAAAGGAAUGACUAAUGUCGGAGUCAUUUGGCAAUAUGGCGACUAUCCUGAUGUACCACAAAUAAUUGAAUCAAGUCGAACUUUAAGUCUUCAAUUCAAUGAAAUUAAACAAGAAAAUUAUCCAUUAUUAGGAAGAAGAAUGGAACUAAUGAUUGUUGCAGCACAAAUCAUGCUACUUGAUGAACCAGUUAAUAGUAAAAACAGACGAAGAGAUCUUGCUGCUUUAAUAUUUGAAGGUGAAGAUAAAAUUGGUCGAAGUCGUCUGUUACAAUUUAUAGCUAAUGCAUUAGAAAGCUCAACAAAUGUUCAUAAUUCACCAGCUUUUACUUAUUCUAAUGAAACCUACAUUCCAACUGAUACAACGAGGAAUAGUAAUAAUAACAUUCUACCAAUAAAUGCUAAUGUUCCAGAACCAAGAUCAUCAAUAACGACGAAUGCAAGUGAUUUAGGAGUAAAUAAAAAACUAUCUAUACAAGUUAUUAAUUAUCGUUGUCAAUUCGAACAACGUUUCAAUGAAUUUGGUUUACUACGUUCAUUGUUACGACAAUUAUUACAAUUUCAAAAUGAUAAAAGUCAAUAUGAAUGCGAACAAUACCUUUUACGUUUAUUCGAUAUCAAUAAAGCAAAUGAUUUACAUCUAAGACGCAAUUUAUUCCUAUUAAAUGAUUUACUCGAUGUUCGAUUUCGUCGUAGUCAUAUUGAAACAGACAGUGUUAAUGAAACUAAUUUAGCUAAGACUUAUGAAGUCAAUCUCAAUGAAUUAAUUUUACAUAUUUUAAAUAAACUUAUUGAUCAAACAAAUAACACUGCAGAAUUAACUGUACCAACAACAGGGGGCAACAUGGUAAAUAUGCCAAGUUCAAAUGGUCUUCAAUCUCAUACUUCAUUCAGUUCAACAACAAGUUUUAUUGGAUCGAUUCCAACAGUAUCAAAAAUUAUAUUUAUAAUCGAUGAUAUUCAUUUUGCUGAUGAAAGUUCUCUGAAACAUUUACUUACAUUAGGUAGUCAUAGUAAAUCACUAUUAAUUCUUUCAAUGAAACCACCUAGAAAUAAUCAAAAUGACGGUUCAAUAUCAAAUAUGCUCCAAUCAAUAAGUACAGAUUCACAUGUUUAUCUUCGCCGACUACCUGGCUUAGAAUUACGUUAUUUAGCAACACUCGGAUGUCAAAUGUUAUGUGUUCAUCGAGUUCCAUCGAAAGUUGUUAAAGUAUUUAAUGAAAGUUGUAAUGGAAUUCCUGGGUUUUGUGAACAAAUUUUACUUGAUUUAUUACGUAAAGAUAAAAUCUAUAUCAUCGAUGAAGACGGCGAAGACGGUGAUCAAAGACAUGAUGAAGAUUUAAAUCUAACUGAGGGCGAUGCUGAUAAACUUCUAUUAAAUAAUCGAGCCAAAAUCGGUCUAUUUAAAACACUUUUUUCACGUCGAAAACAAUCAAUAUCAGUUGAACAACGUUUCAAUGAACGUGCAUUUUCUCGUAUAUGCGUAUUACGUAAUCCCGAUGAAAAUGAUUUUAAUGCUGAUUGUCAACAAAAUUUUCAAAAUUAUAUUAUGUGUCGUAUCGAUCGGUUAUCCGAAGGUGAAAGUCUUCUCGUAAAAAUUGCUGCUAUUAUAGGUAAUACAUUUUCGCGAAUGUUUUUAUGGCAUUUAGUUGAUCCGCAAUCAAAGGAAUUGAUUAACAUUAAUUCAUGUAUAUUAGAAAUGAUGCAGCGAACAAUUAUUGAAUGUGCUUUCAGUAAACAACAAAUAACUAAGACACGUUCAAUAAAAUGCUACUGUUUACAAAAUCCAGCCGGCUUUCCAUCGCAAUGUCGUCUUAUGGCAUUUUCACAUUCAACAAUACGCGAAGGAAUAUAUAAUUCAUUGACAGAUGGAUUAAAACGUUUACUAACACGCAAUGCUAUUGAUUAUUUAGAAAAGCAACGUACCAUUGUUUGUUUAACAUGUGCAACGAGUAAAAAUGAUAGUCCAUUUCUUAUCAAUGAAGAAGAUGGUUUAGCUGAAAUUAUUAGAAAAAGUCAGCAGCAUGCGCUUGUGGAUAUUGUUAAAAUGGCUGCAUUAAAAGAAAUCGAUAAUGCUAUUAAAAACUUAUCAAAUUUAGCCAAUGGAUCACCGCGUCAACAUUCGAACAGGCUUUCGUUCGUACCAUCGGACAUUCGUGCAAUCCCGAAUGAAAAUGGACCGAUUUGUGGACAGGAAAGUUCUAUCAAAGAUAUGGAUACAAAUCGAACCAGUAUUGAUAGUAAUACCGCUGUGACAUCAAAGAUCAGUUCAACUCGUUUAGGUUCUUUGGAAGUUGAUAAUGUUAUGAAUGAAAAACAAAAUCGUUUAGGAACUAAUGAAGUGUCACGGAAAAACUCUGAUGAUCCAAAUAUAACAUUAAUAAGCGUCUAUUCUCCUACAAUACCAUCACGUCUUCAAAUUAAUGUUCGACGUUCAUCAGCAGCAUCGAUUACACCGAAACCAAGUCAAUUCUUUUCGUUAUUUCAAAUACCGAAACAGCGAACUGUUAUUAAAUCGACAUCAAACAGUGAAUUGUUACCAGCAACGGAUAGAGUUCUCUCAGAUUAUCAUGCAGAUGAAAGCGCAGAUCAACAAACAACUACUAUUGAAAUACCGAAAGCAAAAGUUGAAAAAGCACCUAGUUGUUUGCUUUCAUUUUUUCAACGUAUUUUCUGUCAAUGUGUAUCGGUGACUUCAAAUGCAACAGUAACACCAGUUAUGUUUCUCGCAACAAAUGAUAGUGACGAUAAUUUGAAGGCAGUUUUUUCAACGCAUGCAACUCAACAAGUAGGCAAUCUUCCAAAGGAAAAUGUAAUUUCAAGUAAAGCUUUAUCUAAUUGGAAAAAAGUUCGAUCAGCAGUAUUACCAGCACUAGGCAAAGGUCUUCGAGCAAUGCCAAGCGACGAAAAAUUACUUGAAAAAUCAAUACUUUCAUCGUACUUAAUGGAGGAAGUCGCUCAGAAUAUUGCCUGUUUAAAUAAACAAGUUCAUUUAACACGAACAUUUCGAAAUUUAUAUGAUCAAUCGUUUACAUUCAAUAUAUUUCAAUCGUUUGUUCAACGUACGGAUUCAAUACAACAUGUUUUUGAGAAAAAACUAAUCCAACAAUCAAAUCCUGAUUUAAACAAAUUCAUCAAUGAAUUUAAUUCCUAUAAUGAUUCUCGCAUAUGUGAAUGUAUUGAUUAUGUUAUGACAAUCUAUGUUAAAUUAGUUGAAUAUCAUACAAAUCUUUAUGAUAUGUACGUAAAAAUGGUUGAUGAUAGACACGAUUUUUUGUGUUCAAAACAGUUCGAUCGUAUCAUGUAUUAUCGUAGUGAAAUUUGCCAUUUACUGAUACGUUCGAAUUGUCUACAACGUUUAUUGGCUGAAAUAGGAAACGCAAGAAAAUUUAUGGGAAAAUUUAAAACUGAUAUAAACUAUGACGAAGAUUUUCUCUACGAAUAUCAAUGUUUAGUUUUUAAAUACACCUUUGAUCUUUUUCAUGCUAUCGUUUUACAACGUACACGAGCUAUUAACGAUUCCAAACAACUAUGUGAAGAAAAUUUAAAAGAAUUAAAUCAAAUAUGUCAAAAUAAAAUUUGGGAGAAAUUAAGCAGCCAUGCAGACUCAUUAGCAACAUCAACAGCAAAAGAGAAGCGAAAGCAGUAUGAAAGGAGUAAAAUUUUUCAAUCAAAAGAAUCUUUGAUGGAUUUUAAUUCUAACAGUCAAAUAUCUACAACAGCCAAUGCCGAUCCAUUGAAUCUCUUUAUGCAUAAAUACAGUCUUGAAUAUUUACUAUGUCAAUAUAAUCUUCUCCGAUAUGAUCUAUCUCUUAAUCAAUCUAUUGAUUCUAUAAAUGCUUUAAUAGAUUUACAAUAUUAUAUGUUUCCAUUAUCAUUUUCUCUUCCAUGUACAAUAAUCUUAGUUGAAUAUUUCUAUUGUCAAAUGAAUUAUAGUCAAUGUUUAACAUUAAUCAAUGAAAUCAUUCAAUUCUGGUGGUCAUAUGUAAGUCCACGUGAAAAACUUGAAUUUGCUAAAUUAAGUUGUCUGUCAUUAAUAAUCGAAUUAAAACGAGGUUUACUUGGUUCAGCUAUCGCAUCCGGCUAUUUCGCCAAACGCGUACUAGCAGGUUAUCAUGAAAAUAUAUUUCUUAUCAAUUCAUGUAUACAUUUAACAUUAGCAUUAAUUGGUGAUAUGCGUAUAUCAAAUAUUGAAUUGAUUAUUCAACAUUUAGACUAUUUAAGUGAGCAAACAAUGAAUUGUUAUGGAAAAUUAUGGUAUUAUAUAUUAGCUAUUGAUAUUGGUAUUGAGCUUGGUUAUGAAUUAUUGCCGAUUACAAAUGAAUUACUUGACAACAUAGCAAAAUACCGUAAAAAACUUCUUCCGGGUACAAACGAAAGAAGUCUAGCACUCUUCUAUAGCGAUUGUACAUUGGCACAAAUUUAUGCACGUUUAGGUUUAUUAGAUAUGUCGAAAAUACAGUUUCAUCAAGCGAUACACCAAAUAAAACACGAUCAAAUGCAUUUAACCAAUACUGAUUUUCGUUUCAAACGUGCACUAUUAAAAUUAGUCGAAGUCCAAUUAUUACAUUGGUAUCAUAAAAGAGCAAAUGAAGAAGAAACCAAAAAACAAGAUUUUUUAUUGCAUCACUUACAUGAGUUUAAAAACGAAGAACUCACUUCAUGGAACAAAUCAAGACUUUAUAUCUACCAAGCUUAUUAUGAUAGACUAGUUAAUGGUUAUAGACGAGCGCACAAAUUUCCCGUCGAUAAUGAUUUGAAUUGGGAAACAUGCUUACAUGAAGCAGAAGAAAAUGCGAUAAAACUUGAUCGUGAAUGGAUAAAAUGUUUACGACACUCAUGGGUACACCCAGUGUCUGAUCAACUUGCAUUGCAAGAAAAUUGUUUAGCACAUAUGGAACAGCAUCACGGAUCAAAAUCACUUGUAAAACCUCACAAUCGCCAUUAUAUUCGACCAUCCAUAACAAGUAUUAAAAUAUCCUCAAGACAUGAAACAAAGACGAAAAACGAUCCUGACGAACAAUCUGCUACAGAUAAUUAUUUUCGACAAAAAUUUUUUGAGUCCCGGUCGAUUUCAAAUACAUUUUACUCAUCUCAUUUCCAACUUUAUGUUCUUCCGGUGAGAGUAUAA